GCGACAAACCCCCCCGCUCCAUCAAGCAACACCCCCUCAUUUUUUGCCCUACACCUCUCUCCUCCUCUUUCUUUCUUUCUUUCUUCCCUUUUUUUUUUUUUUUUCCUCAAACGGGAGAGGGGAAAAAAAAUAAAAUAAGAUAGAAAAGAACUCGCCAAAAUAAACUCACACCAUGUCCGGACUUGAGAAAGCUCUGUUCAACCUAAAGUUUACUGCAAAGCAGCUAAACCGACAGGCGGUCAAGGCCGGUAAGGAUGAGACGUCGGAAAAGGCAAAGAUAAAGAAGGCCCUCUCGCAAGGAAACCAAGAUAUCGCAAAGGUAUACGCACAGAAUGCCAUUAGGAAACAGAACGAGCGCCUGAACCUUCUACGCCUUGCCUCAAGAAUUGAUGCGGUGGCAAGUAGGGUACAGACUGCCGUGACCAUGAGGCAGGUCACCGGCAGCAUGGCGAAUGUGGUCAAGGGGAUGGAUAGUGCUAUGAAAACCAUGAACCUGGAAAAGAUUUCCUUGGUUAUGGACAAGUUUGAAACCCAGUUCGAAGACCUGGAUGUUGCGACUGGGUAUUAUGAGAAUGCAACCUCUUCCGCGACAGCCGUUGCUACUCCGCAAGAAGAUGUCGAUCGAUUGAUGGGUCAGAUUGCCGAUGAGAACGGGUUGGAGCUUACGCAAGAGUUGACGGCGGCGACCCCUUCUAGAGCAAAGAUUGGGCCGACAGAGCAGGAGGAGGACGUGCUUGGAGAGCGCUUGAGAGCUUUGAGAGGAUGAUGGGUUUACCCCAUAGACUGGGAUUACGUUAACCUGUAUGGACGUAACGAGUAUGAAGGUGACGAAAGCUGGGAUGAAAUGAAACAUUUUCUAUUAUUACUUGGAGUUGGCUCCGUGCUUCUUUUCUUUUUUUUUCUCUUUUCCCUUUCCUAUUUCAAUUCCUCUUUGUUCCCGUUCUUGCUUUGCGCCCGCCAGUGCAUUAGGGUUUUUUUUUUUCCUUCUUGAAUCCAUGUACCACCUUAGGUCGGGAACAAUAUCUACCGUUAGCUCCUUAACCGUUCUGUCUGAAGAAAUCGUCAUGUUUUCUCACUCGCUUAGCGCUCCCUAGCCGCUCACCCCCCAUGCCACCACGUUUUCAUCCGGUACUGUAUGUAACCAAAAGUAAUAAACACAAGAUAGCCGA